AUGUCAGCAUUUCCAAAGGGGCACAAAGAAUUUGUGCUCUCCAAUUCAGAGUCCAUUCAGCAAAAUUCAGCACAACAACAAUCCCAAGCACCUCAGUUCCAGUAUUUGCACCAAUCACAAUCUCGAAAUCAGUCUCCACAUGGGUUACGGCACUUGGUAUCCCAGCCGCAUGAAAACAGAGAUAUUCAUGGAGGAUAUAUCGAUGGUGUUGUUGGAAUACCUGAUUCGCAACUUUUAUCGAAGUAUGGUUCAGAGUUAGAUGGUAUGCCGCUUUUAACCCCAACAGAAGCAUCAGAAACAGCACGUCUAGUGAAUGAAACAUUUAAUCCUGAGGAUACGGCAGGCUCAGCCGUUCAUGCAUUCACAGAUAGGAGGGGUAUUUCUAGGCCUGAACAGCAAACUGUAAUUCACGGUAAUGUGCCAAAUAUAAAAGAUGCACAUAUGGGUCACUUUUCGGGCCAAUAUGCGCUUCCUACUUUACCGCACGUGCAUAAUCAGGAGGAAUCUAUUCAGCAAAUGCAACAAAUAGAGCAACAGCUUAAUAAUCAAAUGGUAAAUUCAGAGUUACUGAGAACCCAAGUGAAUAACAUGCAGGUGAGUGGUCAUCGGCUUGAUUUAAGUCAGAUAGGGAGGGAUACGGAAGUUGUAGUGCAAAAUGGACAGCAACCUAUACACGAGCAGUUGCAAAUGAGCUUGACAGAUUCACGCAUACCUCAGUAUUCCGGGCAUCCGAAAACUGCACUGGGGGAAGACAUUACAAAUAAAAUCCCAAAAGAAGAAAAAGUUACAUCCCAAUUCCUGGAAACCCCCAUGUUUGAAGAACAGGAAUUUGAUGAUGUGAAUGUUCUCAAAAAGUUUGUUAAGGAGUUUGGGCGUAAGAACCGAUUUGGAAUCGCUAUAGCCCAUUCUAACAGUAAGGCAAUAUAUUUCACCUGCGAAUUGGGCGGUGGGUACAGACACAAGCGUGUCAAAAGAAGUGGAAAUGGAAAGACACUAGCUCCGUCAAAGAGGAUAGGAUCAAAAAAAAUACAUUGUCCAUUUGCGAUGGUGGCAACAUUUUCAAAGAAAAGACAGUAUUGGACUUUGAGAAUUACACAGAAUAAACACAAUCAUCCUCGUCUUAACCCACUUUUAAAUUUUCCUAUGCUUCGAAAACGGUCUCCAAGAGUUAAUGGUACAAUCAGCUAUCUCUACAGGCAGGGAGAUAAACCAAGUGUUAUACAAAAAAAGCUUGAAAAUUUGUAUCCUUCCUUAAUCAUCAAACGAGAGGACAUAUAUAAUGAAGUCAGAAUACUGAAGAAGAAAGGUCUUGUCCCUACAAAUCCUAGAGCAAGAAGCAAGAACUCAAGAAUUCAAUUGCAUUCAGAGCAGUCAUUGUCACCGAGCUCCCGACCUUCAACGUCCAGUUUUAAGAAAAAUGAAAUCUGGGUUGGGCAGCAAUUAACUGAAAAGCAAAAUGCUCAUGUAAAGCGAACAGUUGACUCUCUUCCCUGGAAUGGAGCCCCAUUUCAAAAUUUAAAUCCGAAUUCAAACAAUUCCGAAAUACAGAAGCAGACUGGUUCCUCUCAAGAUAUUGACCAGCAUUAUCAUCUUCCCUAUAAUGCUGCAACACAGAUUGACCAUGUGUAUGCGUCAUCUGCAUCUUCUGAUUCCAAAGAUAGUCAUUUCAUUUUAAAUGAACGCUUGCUUGAUGAUAAUUGA